AUCCCGUCCUUAGCACUUGGCAAAGGGGUCCGAGACACCACUCCACCGACACCCAACCUUGGGAACAGUCCUGCUGGUACGGAUUAGUGAUUUUACUUAAGUCGCCCCAUUUCCAUUUCCCCCAAGACCUGGGCCUGAAGCUGAACAUCCAUGCCUCAAUGGUUUCCGCCCCCGACUCUCCUCUUGAUGAUGACCCGUCUUUGGGUCCGACAGGCGCAUAACACCAAAACGCCCGCGUAUCGAGGUGAUGGACCCGCUGGAGCCGAUAGAGUCGACGGCCGAUGAGAACAGAGCUCCGCAUUUACUGGCCUCGGUGUGGACCCUGACCGCACUGUCGCUGGUUUUCCUCGCCCUCCGAUAUUUCUGCAAAUUCCGACGACACAAUGGCUUCUGGUGGGACGACUAUAUCCUCCUGGUUUCAUGGAUAUGCCUCCUCCUGGUUGCCAGCCUGACCACCGCCGCCACCGGGUUCGGCCUCGGCCGACACUUUACGGACGUCUUUGCGAAUAACCCGACAGACCUGUUCCAAAUCGCGCGGCUUAUCGGCCUGACGUCGCUCAUGUCCAUCCUGGCCGCGGUGUGGAGCAAGACCUCGUUUGCCGUGACGCUGCUGAGAUUCGUCGACGGGUGGAAGCGGCCCUUUCUGUGGUUCGCCAUCGCGUCCAUGAACGCCCUUAUGCUCACCGCUGCGAUCCUCCUCUUCACUUCUUGCGCCCCGGUCCAGAAGACCUGGGACCCAACCAUUCCUGGGUCCUGCUUGUCUCUAAAGGUCGACAUCGUGAUCGGGGUAGUGGCGUCUGCCUAUUCGGGGGUGAUGGACGUCCUCCUGGCAUUGAUGGCAUGGAGGGUUGUGUGGGGGUUGAGCAUGGAGACCCGGGAGAAGGCUGGCGUUGCUCUUGCCAUGAGCAUGGGUGUCUUUGCCGCAGCCAUCGCCUUUAUCAAAUGCUAUUAUAUCGGCAAUAUGGCUUUUGAGGACCCUACAUACACCUCCGUUACGCUGAUGAUCUGGGGCGCCGCGGAAUCGGCCGUGACCAUCAUCGCCGCCUCGAUACCCAUCCUGCGCACCAUGUUCCUCGAAGUCUCGAUGCUGAAGUACCGGUCCAGAAGCGUGCGGCUGGAGGAUGGGAUACGGAUGUCGACCAGCCGGAUGCGAAACCUGUCGUUCUCCCGCGCGCCCGAUCCUCCCCAAGGCAGCGCCGCCGCCGUCAAUGCGGGCGUUGACGAUGAUGCCAGCAUAGUGCCGUCCCGUGGUGGCGAGGAAUCGAGCCUAGGGUCGGAUGUCAAGCUGGGCGGCAUUCUGCGGACGACGGAGGUGGAGAUGAACUACCAUAGAAGGGAGAGCGCGGAUAGAUAUGGCUAUGAGCCGUGAUGAUGAGGCUGGAGUAGGGCACUUCAGCCCUGACUGGCUUAUGAUACCCUUAACGCUGGUCAUGAAGACUACGACGGUUGUUUAAAAAUGUAAUUUUAAUUGUAUUGACG